AUGUCCAACCUUCCUUCUGAGCCCGAGUUCGAGCAGGCCCUCAACGAGGUCACCUCGACCCUCGCGCCCUUCCUCGCCAAGUUCCCCGAGUACAAGAAGGCGCUCGAGAUCAUUCAGAUCCCAGAGCGUGUCAUCCAGUUCCGCGUCGUCUGGGAGGACGACAAGGGCGUCGCCCGCGUCAACCGCGGCUUCCGAGUCCAGUUCAACUCGGCGCUGGGCCCGUACAAGGGCGGCCUCCGUCUGCGUUCGGACGUCAACCUGUCGGUGCUCAAGUUCCUCGGCUUUGAGCAGAUCUUCAAGAACUCGCUGACGGGCCUCAGCAUCGGCGGUGGCAAGGGUGGCUCCGACUUUGACCCCAAGGGCAAGUCGGACGCCGAGAUCCGUCGCUUCUGCAAGUCGUUUGCCACUGAGCUGCAGCGACACAUUGGCGGCGACACCGACAUCCCCGCCGGCGACAUUGGCUUCAGCACCACCGAGGCCGGCUACGUCUUUGGCACGUACAAGCAGAUCAAGAACGAGUGGGUCGGCAUGAUUACGGGCAAGGGCAUGGACUGGGGCGGAUCCAACAUCCGUCCCGAGGCCACCGGCUUCGGGCUGGUCUACUACGUCGAGCACAUGAUUGCGCACCUCGAGGGCGAGGGCGUCGGCUUCAAGGGCAAGACGGUCGUCAUUUCCGGAUCGGGCAACGUGGCGCAGUACGCGGCGCUCAAGGUGAUUGAGCUGGGCGGCACGGUGCUGUCGCUGUCCGACUCCAAGGGCGUGCUGGUCUCCAAGGACGGCAAGGGCUUCACGCCGGAGCACAUUGAGCGCAUCGCCCAGAUCAAGGCCAAGCGUCAGGAGCUCUCGUCGUUUGGCGACGAGAAAGGAAAGUUCGAGUUCCGCAACGACGGCGCGCGGCCCUGGACCAACGUGGAGCGGUACGACGUUGCGCUGCCGUGCGCGACGCAGAACGAGCUCAACGAGCAGGAGGCCGAGGAGGCCAUCAAGCGCGGGUGCCGCUACGUCGCCGAGGGCUCCAACAUGGGGUGCACGCAGGAGGCCAUCAACGUGUUUGAGCGUUCGCGCAUCGAGGGCGGCAAGGCCAAGGCGUGCUGGUACGGGCCGGGCAAGGCGGCCAACGCCGGCGGUGUGGCCGUCUCGGGACUCGAGAUGGCGCAGAACAGCGCGAGGCUGCAGUGGACCAAGGAAGAGGUGGACCAGAAGCUCAAGGACAUCAUGUUCAACGCGUACAACAACUGCCUCACGACGGGCCAGACGUACGCGGCCGAUGGCGACGCCAACGCCAAGGAGAUCCCGUCGCUCGUGGGCGGCGGCAACAUCCACGCCUUCAAGAGGGUGGCCGACGCCAUGCGCGCCCACGGCGACUGGUACUAA